GCUUUUAAGGACACCGGAAAGACGCCCGUGGAACCCGAGGUGGCGAUUCACCGAAUUCGAAUCCCUCUCACCAGCCGCAACGUGAAGUCGCUGGAGAAGGUGUGCGCCGACUUGAUCAGAGGCGCCAAGGAAAAGAAUCUGAAAGUGAAGGGACCGGUGCGCAUGCCCACCAAGACUCUGAGAAUCACUACAAGAAAAACACCUUGUGGUGAAGGUUCCAAGACAUGGGAUCGUUUCCAAAUGAGGAUCCACAAGCGACUGAUUGAUUUGCACAGUCCUUCCGAGAUUGUUAAGCAGAUCACUUCCAUCAGCAUUGAGCCAGGCGUGGAGGUUGAAGUCACUAUUGCAGAUGCCUGAGUCAUAUUUUAAUAAACUGACGUAGCCGGUUAA